AUAACUUUGGCAAUUUUAACUUUUUUGUUGUUGUUUGGUGACAAUGCGCGUCAUCGUCGCUCGGCAGCGCACAUCGACCACGCAAUGUCGGGUGCUGACAGACCUGACCGUGGCGCUCGCAGCGGCUUGCUGGCUGGCGACGGCGGCGAUGAUGAUGGCCGAGGCUGCUGGUCCGACGUGGGCCGAUGUUGGCGCAGCAAUUGACGCCGACACAAGCAUGUCCUCAUUCACGUUUAUCGUGCUCAAUGCUGAAGGCGAGCAGUUUGCCUACUACAAGAAUGUGUCCAACACACAGCGGAGCACAACGCGAUUGUCGGUUGCGUCUGCGUCCAAGUGGGUCUCGGCGUCCGUUCUGCUGCGCGUUGUCGAGGACGGCGACUUGGUGCUCGAUGCACCCAUUUCAACGUAUCUGACCUGGUGGAAUGCAACGAGCAGCGAUCCGCGCAGUCGAGUCACCCUCCGCAAUCUGCUCGCGUUCACAUCGGGAUUUACGUCUCCUUCGGUCAACAGCGAGGGCGACCCUUGCAUUGGCGAUUCGAGCUAUUCAACGCUCACUUGCGCACAACAAAUUUACAACAAUGCCGUCACAUCUGGCGUCAACCAAAACUUUUACGAGCCCGGCACGGAAUUUUAUUACUCUGGGAAUCACAUGCAAAUUGCCGCAGCUGCUGCAGAGGCCGCAACCGGCUCGACCUGGGCGCAGCUGUUCAGCCAGUAUGUGAAAACCCCGCUCGGGAUUUCAUUGCUUUCUGGAUAUGGUCCUGUUGCCAACCCCAACAUUGCCGGCGGCCUCUUCAUUCUGACCAACGAGUAUUUGACCUGGCUUCAAAAGAUCUUUUCCAGGACGUUCUUUGCAAACGCAGCGACCUACGCGAUUAUGGAAGCAGACAAUACGCCAACCGCAACUGUGGACAUCAUGUACACGCCUGUGGCGGGAUUAGCCAGUCCCCAGACGUGGCACUACAGCCAGGGCAAUUGGCUCGAGUGCCAGCAGUUUCCGUUCGCUGCGGCCUGCGCGACGAUCAACGCACAUUCGUCUCCCGGCAAAUUUGGCUUUUACCCGCGCAUCGACUACCAGUAUGGGUUUUAUUCCGUGCUCGCACGUGCCGAUAUCUUCCAAACGAGAGCUGGGAUGAUUUCUGUUGCAUUCUUCCAAACCGUGCAGGCAAAUGUGACCAUUCUUGCAGGGCACGCUUCCUCGAGCUCAUCGGGCCAAGUCUCCUCGACACCAGUUCCAGCCUCCACGACUCCAGUUCCACGUUCCACGACUGCUGGCCCUGCCUCCACGUCUGCGCAUUCAGCGAUUGCAACCACCGGAAGGAGCACUGCUACAACCGGCGUACAUGCCGCGAGCGCAACCAAGACAGGCAAUAGUGCGAGUAUGCUGAUACCUGCGAGCUUGCCGUUGCUUUGCAUUGCGACUGCCGUCAUUAUCUUCUUCAGUGGUUGAUUUCCAGUGCCAUCAUUAUCUGUUUCAGUGGUUGAUUUCCAGUGGAUUGCCAGUUUCGCGUUGUGUGUCACGGAUCGUUUUUGGAACGCAUGGAAAAGCACUCUAUCCAAUUCUUAUCAUAAGAAAACAAAAAAAAUAACAUCAAAG